CCUCUCUGUCUCUCUCUCUCUCCGUCUCUCUCUCCUCGCUCUUUCUCUCUCUAUCUCUCUCUCUGUUACGCCUUUUCUCCCUGGCUUCCCUUCGCUCACUCCCUGGUACCAUCCUUCUCAGUCCGUGCUGUACAUUCCUGCUUUAAACAGCUGUCUGUGGGAUCUCCAUGCGGCUCUCCAUUCUCCUACCUGCGCGACACACUUGCGUUCUGUUCAGCUGCCCUAUCUGUCAUCUGCAGCCAUGCGUCUGGGGAUCUCCUCCUUCCUGUCGGACAUCCUGAGCACCUCCAGCAACGUCUGCUUCUGCUGGACCGAAGGCAAGGUGCCUGGGAAGGAGAUUUGGGAACAACACACAGUUACAUUACAGAAGGACCCCCAGAUGGGAUUUGGUCUGGCUGUGUCUGGGGGCCAGGACAACCCCAACAUGGAGAACCAAGACACCUCAAUCAUCAUCUGUGACGUGUUGCAGGGCAGCCCCGCCGACGGACUGCUGUUUGAAAAUGACAGAGUGAUUCAGGUGAACUCCAUCCCCAUGGAUAACGUGCCUCAUUCAUUUGCUGUCCAGUCACUGCGGAACUGUUCCAAGGAGGCCAGGAUAAUAGUGAAAAGACCACGCACAGUGACGGCCGACUCCCAGCUCCAGCCCUGCUCCACCGGCGGCGAUGACUACAACAAGGCAGACGAGGACAGCGGCUGGCACCAUGACACCAUCCUCAGCCAUCACGUCGACAGCAGGGGAUGUGGGAAGAACGAGGAGCACCGCGACAAGAGCCUUAGUAGGAGCCGGGAGAGAGAGGGCUCCCCCGGGGGAGAGAACCCCUCCAAGAGCGCCGGCUGUAGCCACAGUCCGGGACCCAAUGCACACUGCCACCGAUGCCGUCCGUGGAGGAAGGCGGCCGGGGAGGCGGAGGGCGCGGGGGAAACCCUCCACCUGAGUGGUAAAUAUGAGUGUGAGGCCGGAGAAGUGGGGGAGAAGUAUCUGUCUCUGGCCAAGAGCUCCCCUUCCCGGGAGAACCCCAGGGUGGCCGGGCCGCUGGAGCCGCUGGAGAAGCCUGUGAGUGUCGUGCUGGUGAAGAACACACCCUAUGAAGAGUACGGCCUGCGUCUGGGCAGCCAGAUCUUCAUCAAGCAGAUGACGGCUACAGGCCUCGCUGCCCAGGAUGGCACCCUGCAAGAAGGAGACAUCAUCCUCAAGAUCAACGGGACGGUCACAGAGAACCUGUCCCUGAACGAGGCGGGGCGGCUUAUAGAGAAGUCCAGGGGGAAGCUGCAGCUCUCUGUCCAGCGGGACCAGCGGCAGCUGCUGGUCCGCAUCCCCCUACUGGUGGACUCAGACUCAGACCAUGAGGAUGUUUCCGAGAUGGAGUCGUACCAGGACUACUCUUCCAUAGACGACAGGAGGUCCCACCACUCGGAUCAGUCUUCUCAUUCAUCCAAUGACCGAUACAACUCCAGGGAAAAUCUCAUCCCGGUUACCAAGGCGACAGGGCGGCGUAUUAAAAAACCUGAGGAUCUCCGGCUGUCAUCAAAGCACAAAGUAGACGUGCGGCCCGCUGAGGAAGCUGGAGCUACUGUCAAAAUAACUCCUCAAAUUCUUCUCCGACCCAGCCCAGAAGAGGAGGAAAUUUAUGGGCCUAACACAGUGAUGGCGUGCUUCCAGAAGGGGGACAGCCUGGGCCUCCGACUGGCAGGGGGCAACGCUGUGGGCAUCUUCAUUGCAGGUGUUCAGGAGGGCAGUCCUGCUGAGGAGAAAGGCCUGCGUCCCGGGGACCAGAUCGUAAAGGUGAACAAUGUCGAUUUCCGAAACAUCUUCAGAGAAGAGGCAGUUCUGUUUUUGUUGAAGAUCCCCAAAGGGCAGGACAUCACCAUCCUGGCACAAAGGAGACAUGAUGUCUUCAACAUUGUGCUGGUAUCGGGGCGCAGCGAUUCCUUCUUCAUCCGUACUCACUUUGAGUACGAGCGGGAGGGCCCUCAGAGCCUGGCCUUUGGCAGCGGGGAGAUCCUGAAGGUGGUCGACACGCUCUACGACGGUAAGCUGGGGAACUGGCUGGCGAUACGUAUCGGCAAGGAGAAGCAGCUUCUGGAGAAGGGCGUCAUUCCCAACAAAAUCAGGGCAGAGCAGAUGGCAACCGUCCUGAGCCCUCCCAGAGACAUCGCUGGGGCCGACCGCGCAGAGUUCUGGCGCUUACGGGGCCAGCAGGACGGUAGGAAGAAUGACCUACUGAGGAGGAGCCAGGUGGAACAGAGUACCCUAAACACCCCGUACCCCACCUAUGAGAAGGUGGUUCUCCGAGAAGCUGGUUUCAGGCGUCCUGUGGUGAUAUUCGGACCCAUUGCUGACGCAGCUACCGAAAGGCUGGCCAAGGAAAUGCCUGAUCAGUUUGUUAUUGCCAAAACAGAGCCUAAAGAUGCGGGUCCCGUCAGGUCCUCAGGGGUGGUGCGACUCAACACCAUCCGGCAGAUCAUCGAACAGAACAAGCACGCACUGUUAGAUGUGACCCCGAAGGCGGUAAACACCCUGAACUACACCCAGUGGUACCCCAUCGUCAUCUUCCUCAACCCCGACAGCAAGCAGGGCGUCAAGCUGAUGAGGCAGAGGGUGAUGCCCCACUCCAGCCGCAGCGCCCGCAAGCUGUACUUGCAGGCACUCAAACUGAGGAAAACCUGCUCCAACCUGUUCACUGGAACCAUCCAUCUGAACUCAACCAACGAUGCCUGGUACAGCACCCUGAAGGACGCCAUCAGACAGCAGCAGAUGCAGGGUGUCUGGGUGUCCGAAGGGAAGUUGGAGCGGAUAGAGACUGAACUGGACUGCCCCGAUGCGGAGCUUGUGUCCUACCUGUCCGGCAUGACUGCAGACUACCUGAGUGUUGAUGGCCAGCAAGUGGCCGACAUCAGCGCUGACCGGGGGUCCUGUGUCCCCAGCCAGCCUGAUGCAGAUCUGUUAAGCCACCAGCCACCACUCACCUACAUCUCACCCAUUAGCCACGUGCUAGCCAAGGAGGUCUUCUAUGGUUGCAGUCCAGACUUCGAAAGUUCUCCAAGUAAACUAGCCAUUCUGGAAAUUCCCAGCCACACACCUGUCGCACAACCAAAUACCACACAGGUGAAGUUGGCUCUAGGAGAAGAGGCUGAACUUGCAUUACUUCCUAGCCACCCUCAUCAUUGCAUACUUCAAAAUAUCCAUCCUUCCGACAGUUCCCCGUACAAGUAUAUCUCCAGCAACGGAAGCAGCAUCCCUGACUUUCACUCCUCUGCCCCCCUGGCUCCCUUCUCCUACCUGAAGUCUUCUCCGUUCAACUCACUAGGAAAGUCAGUCGUGGGCGUAGCACCCUCGGCCGUGGCCAGACGCUCUUCCAUUCAGCAGGAUGUCCCAAGACACCCCUCCAUCACUAUUGAGAACACAGGCACCGACACGGACCUUCAGCAGCAGGAGGAGGGGAAGAAUGACGAGACGCGGUGCCUCAUGGAGGAGCCCGUGACGCAGACCUUCCUGGGGAAGAUCCAGGCUUUUGAGAGGAUGGAUCUCCUCGCCCGCACCCAGAGGAUACAUGAGCUACAGGAGGCCCGUAAAGCCAGAGAGAUGGCUCAGAAUCCCAAAGACAUUUACUCUGUGCCUCUGAAGACCCCUAAGCUGGAUUUGAACCCACAACAGCCUAUAUGGUCCCCCUCUGAGCCUGAGCGACUGUCAUCCUCACCCCUGAAGUUGUCUCAUCCGGAGAUCCAUCACUUUCCCCAAAUGGACAUGGAAGACCAAGACAAUUUUUGGCUGACUAAAUCUGUCAAGCAAAAUUAUAAUGCUGUAAAUUCUCCCCAUCAUUUUCAUUUCACGGAACUUUAGUGUUAGCAUCAACCGAGCCACAGAGAUACAUGUAACCAUUACAUUUUAGAGAAACAUCCUUAUUAGUAUAUUACUAUAUAAAUAUUAUACAGAACACAACAAUUUUAAAGGUCCCAUGGCAUGCUACUUUAAUAUAGAUAUUAGUG